CUGUAGUUUAUGAACUGGAGCGGGAGAGACGCUCGGCUUCCUGGACGCGUGAGUGUAAUUUGAUUUUACACCGCUGAUUAGCACGCGGAACGCCGGUGUCAUUUACACAGGUAAAGACACAAAACCAUUGAGUUCCAUACAUUUAAGCAGUGUGUAAAAUCGGCUAAAGAAUUCAUUCAUCCAGAACCGGGGAGCUUUGAGAGGCGUCGCAUUGAAUUACGACAGGUAGUGACAAGUUUGUCUCGGACGUUUGAAGUCUCACAAUCGCGGCUCUCAAACUGAUGUUCACUGGGACCUUCACAACACCGAGCUGCCACAAUGUCGACCGGAGCAGGAAAGAGACUCGAAAACCGGGUGAGAAUACUGGAGUCAAUCAUCAAGGACCAACGAUCACCGCUGAAUUUGGAGAGUUUGCUGGAUUCAGUAACUGCUCUGGCCCUUGAUCUGAAUCAUCCCGCACUGAGAAAGAACAAAAACAUUGAUUCCUUCUUAAACAGAUAUGAAAAAGCUGUGACUCGCCUCAGAGAACUACAGGUGAAGCUGGAUGAUUUUGAAAGAGUCAAGCUGAUUGGUCGUGGAGCGUUUGGUGCAGUGCAGCUGGUACGACACAAAGCAUCCCAACAAGUGUAUGCCAUGAAGCAGCUCAGCAAGUUUGAGAUGGUCAAGCGCUCUGACUCCGCCUUCUUCUGGGAGGAGCGUGACAUCAUGGCAUUCUCCAAGAGUCCUUGGAUAGUUCAGCUCUACUGUGCAUUCCAAGAUGUGAAGUACCUUUAUUUGGUGAUGGAGUUCAUGGCCGGUGGAGACCUGGUGACUCUGACCAGCAACUAUGACAUCCCAGAAGAGUGGGCUCGAUUCUACACGGCAGAAGUGGUGCUGGCACUGGAUGCCAUCCAUUCUCUGGGCUUCAUCCACCGAGACAUCAAACCAGACAACAUGCUGCUUGACGGCAACGGACACCUUAAACUCGCCGACUUUGGAACAUGCAUGAAGAUGGACUCGUCCGGUAUGGUCCGCUGUGACACUGCUGUCGGGACUCCUGAUUACAUUUCCCCAGAGGUUUUGAUGUCACAAGGAGGAACGGGUUACUAUGGAAGGGAGUGUGACUGGUGGUCUGUUGGCGUUUUCAUUUAUGAGCUGCUAGUGGGUGACACACCGUUUUAUGCCGAGUCCCUGGUGGGCACCUACGGAAAGAUCAUGGAUCAUAAAAACAGCUUAACUUUCCCAGAUGAUAUCGAAAUGUCAAAGAAGGCCAAAGACCUCAUCUGUGCCUUUCUGUCUGACAGGGAGGUGAGGCUUGGCCGUACUGGAGUGGAUGAAAUAAAAUGUCACCCCUUCUUCAAGAACGAUCAGUGGACCUUCGACACCAUACGAGACACCAUGGCUCCAGUGGUGCCGGAGCUGAGUAGUGAUGUUGACACCAGUAACUUUGAUGAUGAUAUAAAGGAUGAUCCGUUAGGAACCGAGACCUUCCCCCCUCCCCGUGCUUUUGCAGGAAAUCAGCUACCAUUUGUGGGCUUCACCUAUUUCAGAGAGGACCAAUUGUUAAAUCAAAACAAUAAGUGUUCAGAAGGGGACUCUAGUGCUGAGAGUGUCAAUGAGGAUCAUAACUUAAACCAAGCAGAGUCCAGUGACCUGCAGAAGAGGCUGAAAAAGUUGGAAGAAAAACUAAAAAAUGAAAUGCAAGCAAAGGAGGAACUGGAAAAUAAAUACAGAACAGCAAAUCAGCGACUGGAGAAGUUGUCCAAAGAGCUUGAAGAAGAAGUGAAUGUGAGACAGGCGGUGGAAGACUCUCUGAGGGAACUGGAAAGAGAUAAGGCUUUGUUGACGCACCAGCGUUCUCAGAGCAUAAGAAAAGCUGGACUAGAAACAGACAGAAAGCGUCUGCUUGAGAAGGAGGUGAGCAGCCUGAAAGAGCAGCUAGCUGAACUUAAGAAGAAGAACCAAAACUCUCAUAUCUCUGCCGAGAAGAACAUUCACCUGGAAAGACAGUUGGAGGAGGUGAAUGCUAAGCUUCAGGCUGAGGUGGAGGAGUCCGAGCGACUGAAGAAGUCCCAGGCCGAGGCUUUGAGACAGUCGCAGCAGCUGGAUAUCUCUCUCAGGGAGCUUCAGGAGCGUCUGGCCCAGCUGGAGAGCAACCGGCAGGGUCUUGAACAAGAGAAACUGAGCCUGCAAACCUCACUGGAGUUGGAGAAGCGAGAGAGAUGCCUCGGCUCAGAGACUAUCAAUGACCUACAGGGCCGUGUCUCUGGACUGGAAGAUGAGUUGAAAUACAUAAAGAGUUCUUUAUCAAAGGCUGAAGCAGAGAAAAGACAGCUACAGGACCAUCUCACUGCCCUGGAAAAGGAGAAGAGCAAGCAGGAGAUCGAUUUCUCCUUUAAACUCAAAGCCAUUCAGCAGAGUCUGGAGCAGGAGGAGGCAGAGCAUAAAGCCACUAAAGCCAGAUUGAUCGACAACAACAAAAUCAACCAAUCCAUCGAAGAGGCCAAGUCUGAGGACCUGAAAAAUAUGGAACAUAAGCUGCUUGAAGACCGAUCAGCGAAGCAACAGUUGGAAAACAGACUGAUGCAGUUGGAGAAGGAAAACUCAGUAUUAGACUAUUACUACAAGCAAGCCAGACAAGAGCUUCAGGAGCUCCGCUCGCUCAAAGAAAAACUCACUGAAGAGAUGGAUGUGCUGAGUCUGCGUGUGCAGCAGGAGGCUCAGAAGAAGACUCUGUUUCAGGCAGAUCUUCAUGUACAGAGGCAGGAGAUCAGCACCCUGCGCUCCUCUGAGAAACCGCUCAAACAAGAGCUCAACCAUCUGCUGGAGCUCAAAUUCAGCCAGGAGAAACAAAACCAGGAACUACGCAGGGAUAGAGAAGAAGCUGACAAACAGCUGAAAGAGCUGAAGGACCAGUUGGAGGCAGAGCAGAACUUCACAAAACUUUAUAAAACUCAAAUUAGAGAGCUGAAGGAGGACUGUGAUGAAAAGGCUAAACUCUACAACGAUGCUCAGCAUAGAAUAGAGGACCUGCAGGAAGAGAGGGACUCCUUGGCAACCCAGCUGGAGCUGAGCCUGACAAAGGCAGACUCCGAACAGUUGGCACGCUCCAUCGCUGAGGAGCAAUACUCAGACCUGGAGAAAGAAAAGAUCAUGAAGGAGCUGGAGAUCAAAGACAUAAUUGCCAGACACCGGCAGGAACUUAGCGAAAAGGACAGUACCAUCAGCUCGCUGGAGGAAUCGAACCGCACACUGACUGUGGAUGUUGGGAACCUGGCUAAUGAGAAAGAAGAGCUCAACCAUCAGCUCAAACACCUACAUCAUAAGCUAGAGAGGUUCAGAGAAGAAGAUAAAAAGACAAAAUCUAUGAUCCUGUCCUUUGAGAAGCAGAUACAGUCUGAGAGAACCCUCAAGAAUCAGACUAUAAACAAACUGGCAGAGGUAAUGAAGAAGACCGAUGUCAGGCCGCAGCAAGGCAACAUCACUGACAUCCGCAGGAAGGAGAAGGAGAACAGACAACUGCAGUCGCAGCUCCGCAACGAGAAAGAAAAGCUCAACAACUUAAUCAUUAAACACCAGAAAGAAAUCAAUGAAAUGCAGGCUACGUUAGCAGAGGAGUCUCAGGUGCGACUGGAGAUGCAGAUGGCCAUGGACAGUAAAGACAGUGAUAUUGAGCGUCUGCGCUGUCAGCUCACUUCUCUCAGCAUUCAUUCUCUGGAAACCCCCAGUAUCAGCAGCAACGACCUGGAGGGUGAUGACGUGUAUCCAGAUUCUAGUCUUGAGGGAUGGCUCUCACUGCCUACCAGAAACACCAAACGGUUUGGAUGGGAAAAGAAGUAUUUGGUGGUAAGCAGCAAGAAGAUCCUGUUUUAUGACUCAGAGCAAGACAGAGAGCAGUCCAGCCCAUUCAUGAUUCUAGAUAUAGACAAACUCUUCCAUGUGAGACCUGUCACUCAGACAGAUGUGUACCGCGCAGACCCCAGAGAAAUCCCACGCAUCUUCCAGAUAUUAUAUGCUAAUGAGGGGGAGAGCAAGAAAGAGGAGCUUGCUAUGGAAACCUUAUCAGCAGCUGAAAGGUCGUCGGUUAUCCAACACAAAGGUCACGAGUUCGUGAUCACGCUUUACCACUUCCCUUCUAGCUGUGAAGCAUGUCCAAGGCCUCUGUGGAACGUCUUCAAGCCCCCACCAGCCCUGGAGUGCAGGCGCUGCCGAAUCAAAUGCCAUAAAGACCACAUUGAUCGCAAAGAAGAGGUCCUAGCUCCUUGCAAAGUGAACUAUGACAUGUCCACGGCGAAAGAGCUACUGCUGCUGGCCAACUCCACAGGAGAGCAGCAGAAAUGGGUCAGCUGCUUGCUCAAAAGGGUCCCACGUAAACCUAUAGCUCACUCCUCAAGCAUAGCUAUAACUUCUCCCCACUCCGAGGCAGCAUCAAGUGGCCUGUCCCCUCAGCCCUCUCCUCACCUGUCAGCCCUUUCAUCCCCCAAACUUCCACACAGAGGAGCCGUCAAAGUGCAUUCCACCCGACAGCAGCCCUCACCUAAGACCAGUUAACCUUGGUGAAGGUUUGGAUAGAUGAUAAUCCAUCCGGGAACAAUGAAAGAGGAGAAUGUCAUUGUGUUCUUUUUGGUCAAAAAAGGCAGGACUUCCAAGUGCCAAACUCCACAAGUAUAAAUGACUGGGGAAAGGGGGUCGAGUCUUUUUUUAAACACAAAACAAGCCAUAAAUCACCUAAAGGGUGUAGUUUCAAUUCUAAGUCAUUUAAGGGUGUUUUAUGUCUUCCUAGAAUAUACAAUUCCUCAAAAAAUAUUAAUAAAAAGCAUCGGAAGAUAUUUUUGGUUUCCUUGCAAGGUUGUCAGUAAGUGUGACUGUUUGCCUGAGUGUGUGUUUGAAACCGAAUAUAUAAUUCAGCUCCGCAAUUACACGAUCAUCUGAAUCUGAAUCUAUUUUUGUUAGGAAA